GUUUUUGUUGUUUGUCUUCCUUCCUUGUUUUCUUUUAGGCAGACAACAGAACUUGUACAAAACAGAUGACAGUUGCUUGUUACAAAGCUGGUCAAAAUGAGUAACUUAACUGGACAUUUACUUGAUGCUAAGCAGAUGGAAGUUAUAGGUAUGGUGAAUAUGGUCACAUCUUCUUUAAGUUUUCUUGGUUCUGGUUCUAUAAUAUUGUGCUCCAUUUGUCACAAGAAAAUAUGUUUUCCAGAGGUGUACCCACUGUUCCAGCUGUCAAUAGCAGAUCUGCUUGCCUCGGUUAUCUUCGCUGCAAGCACUAUACUGUUCUUAUUCAAAGAAUCCAACUUUCCAGGGAGCCCUGGCCCCUGUGAUUACCUUUCUGCACUCAUGACGAGUUUUUAUAUCAGCACACUCUUUUUGACAAUGGCUUAUGCUCUGGAAGCAUUGCUGAGAAUACGAACUCGACUUGGGAAUGAAACUACGAACAGCAACACCAGUGUGAGGAAGCCUGUCAGUCAUGUGUUCAUGCACACUGUUUAUGCAUUCUGUUGGAUUUUUCCUCUGCUUAUUGGAAUUGUUCUUCUGGUGUUUACCCAUUUCGUGGACAAAGACAGUCACUUCUUUCAGAACAGCUCUGUUCCACAGUGGCCUAUUCUACCACGACAGUGUUCCACAUGUUUACCAAUUUUCCACUACAGUGAGAAUGGCUGUUGGACAUUAGUAGAGAAUGGCAGUUCAUGGCAUGUAGCAUACAAGGUGGUUUUUAUGACACCCCUUGUUCUGGUGUUUGUUAUUAAUGUGUCACUGUAUGUCUUCAUUAGCAAGGUGUUCAGACAAGUUUCGGCCAGACGAGGUCUGUUGAGUGUCCACCAGCACCAGGAGGAGAGGUCCCUCACUAGAAAAGCCAUUCUCUACCAGUCCGCAUUCCUCGUCUGCUGGCUGCCCACUCUAGUUUUGGGUAUUGCCUCUUUUGUCUCAGAUUUUCACAUGGGAAACUUUUUCUGGCUUUACAUUUUACAGGCACUGUUUGGACCGUUGCAGGGAUUUCUCAACUCCUUCAUAUAUGGCUGGAAACGGGAAAGUUUCCGCCGCACACUCGGCGAGAUGUCUGCACUGACCGACAGUAGUGUGACAAGUUACUUGACUUUGUAGUACUUUCUUGAGCACAAAAUCAAAAUGUCGAAGAUGAUUUGGUGGAUCAUCUGUACCGUUAUAUCAAGGUCUGGCAAUUAGAACUGGUUAUGUCCACUUUGAAAAUGAGAAUAGCCCACUAUUUGACAUUAAUAGUCCACUAUUUCACAUUAAUAGUCCACCAUUUCACAUUAAUAGUCCACUAUUUCACAUCAGUAGCCCACUAUUUCACAUCAGUAGCCCACUAUUUCACAUCAGUAGUCCACUAUUUUUAAAUCAAUGGUCCACUAUUUCACAUUAUAGUCCACAAUUUCAUAUUUUUAAUUCCCACUUAGUCGAACUGAAGGGUCCUGUAGAUAGGUUUUGUCUACAUGUGUUUGUCUGUGAGUCUGUCUGUCCUACAUAUAGUUUCCAGACUUUUUGUUUUUGCAAUGCCUCAAGAUAUUAAGCCAAAAUAUUGUGGAUAUCUUUAUCAAGUAGGGUGUAUACCACAAAAUCAAAUCCCAUACACAACAUUAGUAAUAUAUGGCUAAAACUCCUACAUGCAGCGUAUCAACCAACAUAUACCAUGGAUAUAAAUAUUACCACCUCUGCCCCAUAAAGUAUAUUGGAAAUAAUAAGUGGUUAAGCUGCUAAUUUCUACAUAUGUGUGACUACCCUAGUUCUGCACAAAAAUUGUCAAACUACACGUUUCAAGCACAAUGGUAGCUGGUACAAUAAAAUUAAAUUACAGUAAUUUACUGGCCGGAUGAAACAAAAUAUUAUCA